AUGCUGGGUCUCCAGGCUCUGCUGUGCGGAUGGAUGGGGCUGAUGCUGUGCCGGGCUGUGCUCGGCUCCCCCCCACACAUCCUAUUCAUACUGGCUGAUGAUCUGGGCUGGAACGAUGUCGGCUUCCAUGGAUCGGAAAUCAGAACCCCCCAUUUGGACCGGCUGUCUGAGCAGGGGUGAGGCUGGGGGGGUACUAUGUGCAGCCUCUGUGCACCCCAUCCCGGAGCCAGCUGAUGAGCGGCAGAUACCAGAUUCAUACAGGAUUGCAGCAUGAGAUCAUAUGGCCCUGUCAGCCCCAUUGCUAUCCUCUAGAUGAGAAGCUUCUACCCGAGUUGCUGAAAGACGCUGGCUAUGUCACACAUAUGGUGGGAAAAUGGCACCUCGGCAUGUAUAAGAAAGACUGUCUGCCAACCCGAAGAGGAUUUGACACUUACUUUGGAUAUCUUCUUGGUGGUGAAGAUUAUUACAGCCAUGAUAGAUGCUAUGAAAUUGUUGCUCUGAACAAAACCAUGUGUGCGCUUGACUUUCGGGAUGGAGAAGAACCAGCCAAAGGGUAUGACAAGAAAUACUCCACUCACCUAUUUACAGAGAGAGCUGUGGAUGUCAUCACUAAUCACAAGUCUGAGAAGCCUCUCUUCCUCUAUCUGGCCUUCCAGGCUGUCCAUUCUCCUCUACAAGUUCCUGAGAAGUACACUGAGCCUUAUAGCUCCAUCCAUGACAAGAACAGACGUCUUUACGCCGGGAUGGUGUCCGCCAUGGAUGAGGCGGUGGGAAAUGUCACAGCAGCACUGCAGCAGAAGGGUCUCUGGGACAACACCAUCCUGAUCUUCUCUACAGAUAACGGUGGUCAGACCUUAUCAGGGGGAAACAACUGGCCUCUGCGUGGGAGGAAGUGGACCCUCUGGGAAGGAGGAGUGCGAGGAGUGGGCUUUGUUACAAGCCCCUUGUUAAAGCAGACUGGAGUCACAAACACAGAGCUGAUCCAUAUUUCAGACUGGCUGCCCACAUUAGUACACCUAGCAGGAGGAUCUACCAAUGGGACGAAGCCCCUUGAUGGCUUUGAUGUAUGGGAGACAAUCAGUGAAGGAAGACCAUCCCCGAGAAAAGAGCUGCUGCAUAAUAUAGACCCUUUGUUUGUGGACUCUUUUCCAUCAAAUAAUGAACCCAUAACACCCUUGUCCAACACCAUCCCUGAAUAUGAACAUUCAAUGUUCAAUGUAUCAAUUCAUGCUGCUAUUCGUCAUGGGAAAUGGAAGCUACUGACUGGAUAUCCAGGUUGUGACCAUUGGUUUCCCCCACCAAAUGCCACCGACAUUCCUUCUCUGGGUUCUUGGAAAAAAUCUCUCUGGCUGUUUGAUAUCAUCAGUGAUCCCAAAGAGACACAGGAUUUAUCAGACAAAUACCCUGGUGUGGUGAAGAAACUUCUUUCCCGUCUGGAAUAUUACUACAAUAAUUCAGUUCCUAUCUACUACCCAGAUGAUGACCCGAGGUGUGACCCUGGAGCAUCUGGUGUCUGGGGGCCCUGGGAGUAA